AUGGCCAAAAACUCCGAGGAGGAGGAAGCGGAGGAAGAGGUGAACGAGCACCCGAUCGAGGAGGUCCGGAACACGGUGCCCAUCACCGACAACCCGUCGGAGCCGUGCCUGACGUUCCGGACAUGGGUGCUGGGGAUGUCCUCCUGCGUGCUGCUGGCCUUCGUCAACGAGUUCUUCAACUACCGGUCGUCCCAGCUGAGCAUCGGCACGGUGCUGGUGCAGAUCGCGUCGUUGCCCAUCGGCCGCCUCAUGGCGUCCACGCUGCCGGAGCGCCCGGUCCGCGUGCCGGUGCCGUUCGCCGGCGGCGGCAGGUCGUGGUCCUUCUCCCUGAACCCGGGCCCCUUCAGCCUCAAGGAGCACUGCCUCAUCACCAUCUUCGCCGGCGCCGGAGCAUCCGGUGUCUACGCCCUCAACAUCAUCGCCAUCGUCAAGGUGUUCUACCGGCGGCAGAUCAACCCGUACGCCGCCAUGCUGCUGGCGCAGACCACCCAGCUGCUCGGGUACGGAUGGGCUGGCCUCUUCAGGAAGUUCCUCGUUGAUUCCGCCUACAUGUGGUGGCCGAUGAACCUUGUCCAGGUCACGCUCUUCAGAGCCAUGCACGAGGAGGAGAAGCGUCCCCGGGGCGGUGUGACGCGUCUGCAGUUCUUCAUCAUCGUCAUGAUCUGCAGCUUCGCCUACUACCUGAUCCCGAGCUACCUGUUCCCGUCGCUGAGCACGGUGUCGGUGCUGUGCUGGGUGUACAGGGACUCGGUGACGGCGCAGCAGAUCGGGUCGGGCCUGCGUGGCCUCGGCGUCGGCUCCUUCGGCCUGGACUGGAACACGGUGGCCGGGUUCCUCGGCAACCCGCUGGCGUCGCCGGCCUUCACCAUCGUCAACGUCAUGGCCGGGUUCGCGCUCAGCACCUACGUCGCGCUGCGGCUGCUCUACUGGACCGACACCUACAACGCCCGGCGCUUCCCGCUCAUCUCGCCGCACGUGUACGACGACGCCGGCAGACCCUACGACACCGGCCGCGUCAUCAACCCGGACACCUUCACGCUCAACCUCUCCGGCUACGACGCCUACAGCCGCAUCAACGUCAGCGUGCUCUUCGCCGUCAACUACGGCAUCGGCUUCGCCAGCCUCAUGUCCACGCUCUCGCACGUCGCGCUCUACCACGGGAAGGAGAUCUGGGACCUCUGCCGGAAGCAGCAGCAGCAGCAAGCGACGUCGGCUGACGACGUGCACACGCGGAUCAUGAGGUGCAACUACAAGCCCGUGCCGCAGCGGUGGUUCCACCUCAUGCUCGCCGUCGUGCUGCCGCUCUCGCUCUUCACCUGCGAGGGCUUUGGCCGGCAGCUGCAGCUCCCCUACUGGGGCCUCCUCCUCGCCUGCGCCAUCGCCUUCGCCUUCACGCUCCCUGUCGGCGUCAUCUCCGCCACCACCAACAUGCAGCCGGGGCUCAACAUCGUCACGGAGCUCAUCAUCGGCUACCUCUACCCGGGGAAGCCGCUGGCCAACGUGGUGUUCAAGACGUACGGCUUCAUCAGCAUGGGCCAGGCGCUGGCGUUCCUGUCCGACUUCAAGCUGGGCCACUACAUGAAAAUCCCGCCGAGGUCCAUGUUCUUCGCGCAGCUGGCCGGAACGCUCACGGCGUCCACGGCUCCCGCCGGCAGCCCCUGGACGUGCCCCGGCGACGACGUCUUCUACAACGCCUCCAUCAUCUGGGGCGUCGUCGGCCCGCUGCGGAUGUUCGGCACACUGGGAAACUACUGGCAGAUGAACUACUUCUUCCUCGUCGGCCUGCUGGCGCCGCUGCCCGUGUGGCUGCUCCAGCGCGCGUACCCGACCAACCGCGUGCUCGCCGGCGUCAACCUGCCGCUCGUCUUCGCCGGCGCCAGCGGGAUGCUCCCCGCGCGCAGCGUCAACUUCCUCAUGUGGGGGCUCGUCGGCUUCCUCUUCAACCACGUCGUGUACCGCCGCUACAAGGCCUGGUGGAUGAGACACAACUACGUGCUCGCCGCGGGACUCGACGCCGGCGUCGCGUUCAUGGGCGUCCUCACCUUCGUCGCGCUAGGAUACUUCGAUGUCUACGGCCCGCAGUGGUGGGGCGGCGUCGCCGACGACCGCUGCGACCUGGCCGGCUGCCCCACGGCGCCAGGAGUCGUCGCCAAGGGAUGUCCGGUGGUCGCAUAA